UCAAAUUCUAUGGCCAUUCUUCUCCCUCCCGUACCUGCAUUUUCUCCACUGAAGAUAAACCAGAAGCGACUGUGAUUAUGGGAACUACAGAAUCAAAGAGAUGAUUCGCUGUUUUCAUAUCAAAUUUUUCGUUGUUUACUGAAUUUCACCCAGCAUUUGGGAAUCCGAUUACGUUUCCUGCAAUCAUGCCACUCACUUCCACCUUGUUACAUUCAUUCUCAAAUCCCAAAUGUCCAAUUUCUUCUUCUUCUUCUUCCUCGCCGCCGAGGUCUAGAGACUUCGCCGCUCCUUCUAAAGYUCCUCCCGGAAUCAGAUUCCGGAGAAUUAUCGGCGCCGGUCUGGUUUUGGACUCGAAAUCCAUGGUGGUUUUGCUCGGCACGGGCUUCACGCUGGCCCUUCUGGGACCUGAAUCGGCUUCAGCUGCGGCGGAAUUGCAGGCGUUGGGUGCUUCUUCGUUGCAAUUUAAUGAGCCCCAGAAUGCUCUCUCGUUGCCCACCUGGGCCAUUCAUGUUUCCAGCGUUGUUGAGUGGAUUACAGCAAUGGCUUUGGUGUGGCAAUAUGGAGAGAAAUCUGGCAAUGAGGCCUGGAAGGGACUUUCCUGGGGCAUGGUGCCAUUGCUAGGUGGAGCAUUUUGUGCUUGUACAUGGCAUUUUUUCUACAAUUCCGAAUCUCUCGAGGUUCUGGUGGCCCUUCAAGCAAUACUGACGGCCGUAGGGAAUGCCACAAUGUGUAUUGCUGCAUUUCGCAUAUACAAAUCACAAGAACGUUCAAGGAACUUGUAAAAACAGGAAGAAAAAAARUAAUAAAUAAUCACUAUAUUAAUAUGUACCACUACACCCUGUUUUAUUAUAUUAUCAUCAUUUUCCAUA